AUCACUAAUUUCCUCUAUAUACAUACAUCCAUCUUCAAUAUAUAGCUAUAACACACUUCAAAAGCAAAAUCCAAAGAUCUCUCUAGCUUUUUCAUCCUCCAUCCAUGGCACCCUCACACAUGCAAAACUACUACUACAACACCACCGACGACGAAAACGACGUUGUUAACUACUACAACAAUGUCGUGUACGAGGACGAAAGCGAGGACGAGUAUCAGGAAGACGAAAAAGAAGAAAUUGAGGCCAAAACCAAAACCAGAACCAAAAACAACGACAUUGUUUUCAAUGGUUCAUCUUCAUCACGUUGUUCAUCAUUUUCAUUGAGUAGGGUAAUACUUGACCCGAGAGGAAAAUGGAUUGAAGAAUGGAACCGGAUAUUUCUAUUGGUAUGUGCAAUGGGUUUAUUUGUGGAUCCAUUAUUUUUCUACACGUUGUCUAUAAGUGACACGUGUAUGUGUCUGUUUAUUGACGGUUGGUUACUAGUUACCGUCACCGUUAUCCGUUGCAUGACGGACGCGUUACAUCUAUGGAAUAUUUGGUUACAGUUGUAUAUUGAGAAACGCUCCUCUUUUGGAUUUGUUCAUCGUACUACUCGUCCUCGUACUUCUUCUACACAUGUUUUUCCUUACUUCAAAUCUAAUAAGGGGUUUUUCUUUGAUAUCUUUGUCAUCCUCCCUCUUCCUCAGAUUGUGUUAUGGGUGACAAUUCCGUCUAUGUUAAAAGAAGGAUCAAUUACGCGGGUGAUGACUGUAUUGUUGACGAUGUUCCUCUUUCAAUACCUUCCUAAAAUUUUUCACUCUGUCAACUUUGUGCGUCGCAAACUCGCAGCUGGUUACAUUUUUGGAACAAUUUGGUGGGGAUUCGCUCUCAACAUGAUCGCUUAUUUUGUUGCUUCCCAUGCAGCAGGGGCAUGUUGGUAUUUAUUGGGACUUCAAAGGGGAAUGAAGUGUUUAGGAGAGCAAUGUGAGACAACAACAGGUUGUGGUUUAAGAACAAUGUGUUGCAAAGAACCAAUAUAUUAUGGAAGCUAUAGCAUGAUGAAGAAAUUAGAGAAAACAAGGUUGAUAUGGGCACAUAACAAAGAUGCAAGGUUUACAUGUUUAGAUACUGCUGAUAACUAUGAAUAUGGAGUUUAUGAAUGGAGUGUUCAACUUUUAACAAAUAAUAGUCGAUUGGAAAAGAUACUCCUCCCUAUCUUUUGGGGCUUAAUGACUCUUAGCACUUUUGGGAACCUCCAGAGCACAACAGAAAGGAUGGAAACCGUUUUCAAUAUUAUUGUGUUGACCAGUGGCCUCCUUCUAGUCACUAUGCUAAUCGGAAACAUCAAGGUAUUUUUACAUGCUACAACAUCCAAGAAACGAGAGAUGAAAUUGAAGAUGAAGAACAUUGAAUGGUGGAUGAACAAAAGACGCUUACCACAAGGACUCCGACAACGUGUUCGUAACUACGAGAGACAAUGUUGGGCUGCGAUGCGCGGGGUUGAUGAAUGCCAAUUGAUCAAAAACCUCCCCGAGGGUUUGAGAAGGGACAUCAAAUACCAUCUUUGUUUGGGUUUGGUGAGACAGGUGCCAUUAUUUCAGCAUAUGGAUGAAUUGGUGCUAGAGAACAUUUGUGACCGUGUCAAGUCCCUUGUAUUCACAAAGGGAGAAACACUAACAAGAGAAGGAGAUCCAGUUCAAAGAAUGCUAUUUGUAGUAAGGGGUCAUCUUCAAAGUACCCAAGUCCUAAGAGAUGGAGUAAAAAGUUGUUGCAUGUUAGGGCCAGGAAACUUUAGUGGUGAUGAGCUUCUAUCAUGGUGUUUAAGAAGGCCAUUUAUACCGCGCCUUCCGACAUCAUCAUCAACCUUGGUCACACUUGAAACAACAGAGGUAUUUGGACUUGAAGCUGAGGAUGUCAAAUAUGUGACACAACAUUUUAGGUACACAUUUACAAAGGAAAAUGUUAGGAGAAGUGUUAGAUAUUACUCACCUGGUUGGAGAACUUGGGCUGCUGUGGCAAUUCAGUUGGCUUGGAGAAGAUACAGACAUAGAUUGACUUUGACUUCGUUAUCUUUUAUUAGGCCUCGUAGACCUUUAUCAAGGUCUACAUCUAUGGAAGAGGAUAGACUUCGUCUGUAUACAGCUUUGUUAACCUCACCAAAGCCUAAUCAAGAUGAUUUUGACUCUUCAUAAUAUCAUGUUUGUGGAAAUGAUUAAUGUAUAGUAGUGAUGUAUAUGUAGAGUUUUGGUACAAUGGUUAUUUUUAUUUACUCUUUACAUUAUUGUACUUUUGAACUUUAUUUUAACCA